CCCGUGCACGUCAUAUGCAGACGAGUUCACGAAUGUCACUGGAAUGUAGCUCGUGUUUCAUUAAAAAUAUUUUAGCAGUAUUUUUAAAGGCUAGGAUUCCAAUAAAGAGUCAGAGCUGAGUGUCAGUGAUGACAAGUGAGACGGAUCCUGCAGCCAUGAUGGCCAACAAGUGCAAGGCUGAUGGGACUUCGAUGCAAACAGAAUACAAUCACCAACAACAAAUGGCAGUCCUUAAAGACAUUGAUAAACAACUGAAUGAGCAGAAAGCCAACUUAAUCAAAAGCAGUAUUCAUGCUCACACGAUGUAUGUUGACUUUACCACCCAGUUCAGUCCCCAGACACUGCAGUCCGUUUACAAUGCUGUAGAGUCUGCCAGCAACUGUAAGGAAGCCAUCACCAGCCAUGGCACCAAGGAAGACAGUAGCCAGUUUUGAAUAUAUAUGAACUCAUUUAAUAACCACAAGAACAAUUACAGCUUAUGUGAACCUUGAAACCUAUGUUAGUAUUAAUCAGCUUCAGAAGUAUAGCAAUAAAUGAAAUUGUUUUAAUACAUUUAGAUUUAAGUUUUUUUUUUUUUUUGUAUUAAAAUGAAAUAUGGUAUACAUUUGUGAAAAAGACUGUAAUUCAACAACUUGAAAGAAAAUGAACCAAAAAAAAUUUAUUGAGGAAUAAAUUGUCAGCUUUAAUUUGUCACACCGUA